GCUCCUCCUCUCCCCCCGCCCAGAUACUGCAGGCUCUGGCCCGGCCCGGCCAUGGUGGGGAAAGUGAGACGGCCGCGGUUGCACCAGGCAGCCCCAAGGGGCCCGGAGCCCAUGGGCCAAGACGCAGUGAGCGAGGCCGGCGGCUGGAGCGCGCCGCCCGGAAAGGACUGGGCUUUCCUGACCUCUGACAUCUUUGCUGGGAUGAAGAUUGAUCCAAAUACUCUGGUCAAGAAACUGGAUCUGGAUUCAAGGAGUGUGGUCUCCACCAAGACUGAUGUAGAGGAAAAAACACUUUUGUCAAAGAAAGAAAAAAUGAAGUUGAGAAAAGAGAGAUGGCUGCAGAAAAUAGCAAGUGUGAAGCUUGCCAAACAGAAGCAGAAAGCCGAAGCAAAGCGGAAGGCAACCCCAGUGGUGGGAGACAUGCAGCCUUUGAUGGAAGCCCUGCCUGAGCUCUCUGAACUGACCAAGGGCAGGAAACAGCCCAAGGCCCACACAAAAGCAAAGGCAGAGCCAACAAACUUCAGUCAAAUGAAGCCAGUCCAGAAGCACAGGCUCUUAGAGGAGGAGAUGGCCCGGUUUCAUGAGGUCAUCACAAACCCCUUGUACAAAGCUAACCCCCUGCUGGCCAUCAGUGAACAUCUGUCCAAGAGGAUGAAACAGGAGGAGGGAAGCCUCCUCUAAGACUUCAUGGGGGAUGGAACAAGCACAGUGGCAAUAGCCGAAGAGUCCCUGAAACUGAGCAAGCCUCUCCUGGAUUGUACACUCCUUGGAAACAGUCCAGCAGAUUAUUAAAUUCAGUGGCCCUGUUUUCUGUCUACAGGAGUAAUGUGAUCAUCUCCGGACACUGGCAGCUGCUCCUUUGCAAGUAUUCCACAGAGGGCAGAGUGCUCUGUGGCAUUUUUGUGUACAGAUCAGACUUGCAGCAAUGGGUCCCAAUACCUUUUCUUUCCUUCUUGAAAGCACGCUUCUUAAAAGAUUGUUGUUUCUGCUGCUUAGUGGAGGUAUACCUAUUUUCCUUUACUUCCUGUUAUGACAGGCCUUUAUAGAAAUCCUCCAAUAUUCUUCCAUGAUGAUCUGAAACACCUUCCUUACUGUUAUGCUCUGCUGCAUACGGAUUAAAGAACAGAAAACUGCUGUAGAUUUGUAUAAGGGUCAACACUGCUCAAAGAGGUACUAUUUGUAUGAAAAUAAUCUUUAAAAUAAACUGACAUUUUUCUUAC